CGGUCCGCGGGCUCUGACAGGAAGCGGCCGGUGCAGGGGGACGCGCACGCCCGCGCGCUCGCUGCUCCCGGGUCCGGUGCGCAGCCUUUCGCAGUCGACCCCAAGGGACGCGUCCUUGGCUGCGGGGAAGGGGGCGCGCUCCAUAAGCGCCUUUUCUCCUCUUUCCCUGCUGCCAAGCCUGGAACCUUCGGCUUCACGCGCGUUUCCUCCUUCACUGCGUCCGCCCCCGCCGCCUUCUCGACCCGCAGACCCGACGCGCCCCCCGCGCCCGCACGGGGAAUCUAGGAGAACAAGUGAAAUAAAGGACGUGAAAGAACUUUGAAAGCUGUGAGCGACCGCACGGGGAUCAGCACGAUGGUGAAGUUCGUCACCAGCAUCGUCAGCACGGUCAUCGUCUUUACCGCAUCGCUAGAUUCAUUCCAGCAUAUUUUCUGAGGUUUCCAAGCCUCAGAAAUGUCGCCUAAGGUAGAAAAGAUGUCGGAGAAUUUGAGCGGUUUUAGCAAAAGCGAAGAUUUGGGGAAUUCUCACCCACGGCUGGUGCCAGGGGGAGUUGGCACAGCCCUCUUGGAGUCAACUUGGCAGCGUGGAGUCAGCUGGGAAGUCUGUGUCCCAGGUGACCUGUUGCACCUGAGCACGAGGAGAUCUGUGUGGGGGUGGUUGUGCAGCGUUGUUCACGGUGGCAGGCAGUUAUUUUGAAAGAGCUUAAAUGUUUGUUAACAAGUAAUUGGAUAAAAUGUUACAUAAAUAAUGUCAUUUAUGUAAAAGUUUAAAAUACAAAAGCAGUGCUAUAUAUUAUCUAUAGAUACAUGUGUAUGUCGAAGCUUAAAUACACAAAUGGGAAUGAUACAUAAAAACCUCAGAAUAUGGUUGCCUCUGAAGGGCAGGGGGAGGGAGAAUGAGACCGGGGAGUAGAAAAAAAUAAAUGAAGUACACGGGGAAUAUUUUAACUUUUUCAAUCAAACAGUACAGCUGCAGGAAACAUGCCAGCAUCCUUACAUUUGUUCGUUGCAGAUGGUGGGUAUUAGUUUUAUAACUGUGUAUUUCUCCACCUAAGAAGUUUGUCCCAUAACGGGAUAAUCUUUAAAACUGAAUAAAUAAAACACACUCAUAGAGUUCAUCUUAAUUAUGGUUGAAUUUCACAUGCUUGCCUUUUUUAACGUAUGUGUACCCUUUCUAACACCGAGAAGAAUGACACAAUAUCACGCCUCAUUUGAAUGAAACAUUUAUGCCAAUGGUUGUGCCAAUUUCUGGUUAAAUCUGCUGUGAUAGAAAAAUGGUGAUUAUUGGGAGACCAGGAUCUCAGAAGCUACUGGGAAAGACAUUUGCUUGAAAACUGAAGAGGAAACGAGUUUAUCUUGACUUUGUCCUGAGUGUUGAUUCUUUCCCUUCAGACACGGCACCACCUUCUCUCCACCAGCUGCUCAAGGGGAGGGAGGAAGGUGGUCGUGCUCGGCCAUCUUCCACUCCUUCCUCUCGUGGCACUCCUUGAAGGAGUCCUCGGCCCCAAUUCCAUCCUCCCAUUGGAAGGUACAUUGCACUUUCCUCUUUGCCACUAGAAUAUCCAUCUGACACAAAGAGUUUCGGCCACUGGAAAUUCCAAGUACUUUAAACAAAUCAAUGUCAUUUACAGCAAGGCAUUUUUUUCUCUAUUCUACUAUGUUUUCCUACUUUGAUUCCAAUAAAAAAAUAAUAAUGAUGUCCCACUCCUCGUUCCAUAGAAGAAUGCUUUGUCUUCAUUUCAUGCCUUUUCAAGUUGGAUGGAGAUAAUCAACUGAUUGGUUUCAAAAUAUUUCCUGCUUUCCUGUAAGCUGAGAAAAAAAGCAACAGUCAGUUGCCUUGCAUUAACAUAACUUAGAAUCGCCUGGUUAGCUUAAAGUUAUUUAUAGACAUUUGAAAGUAAAAUAUGAGUUAGAAAAAUGAGCAGUGGAAAUGGCUCAUCUAAGGGUAGUUAUUCUUAGGAAUCUGAACUGGAGGCAUUCUCAGGCCUCACCGACUCCCAUAUGGACACUUGCUUUUCAUUCCUUUCCUGUUUUGAUUGCAGAAGAGAAUGGAAGGGCUUCAGAGGAGCAGAUAUGGAACUAUAGGUGAAGGUAAGAAAGCCUCGCAGGUCUCCGGAGCUGAGGGCAGCGGGGGAGUCCCUGUUCUCUGUCCGCCUGGCCCCCACCUCCGACACACGGAUGGAAACCCACUUGUUUUAAACAGGAGGAGAAAAGGGCAACUGUCAUUUAUUCUCUACCUUCCCCGUUGUCAUCAAUCCCGCUCACACGCGGCAGUGUGAUGCUGCCCCUGCACACGAUGUGGGAAAUGUGGAAAUGAAACUUCUGGUCUGAAGUUGGAGGAUUUGAAACUGAAUUGUGAAAAUGUUUCUCCUUCCUUGUCUGCUCUCAGCUGAAGAAAAGGAAAAAAGUUCCCCAUAGAGAUUUCGUAACCGUGUUUGCUACAGAACAUCCCAGAAUGCUUUAGGAAAGGAAGGACCAACCCAGAAUAGAAGGAAUAGAGGAAUAGACUUUCGGAGCCUAGAAUGAAUUUAAGAUUCGUUUGGGCUCAUAGGAGCUCAAGAAAUCCUCGGCUCCUCACCCUCUGCAUCCCUUCAAGAUCUUAGCUCUUGGCUCAGUGUUGCCCUCUCCAGCACCACUUUAUUUUAAUAAUUUCCUGUGAUUCAAUCAUCCAGAUAGAUGAUCUUUCCAACACAUGUACAUUUAAUGGUCUUAUCUUCCACUCGUCUUCAGCCACCCAUGCAGAGUCAUCUCCCAGACUUGUCCUUGACAUUAACUGUGACCUCUGUCAUCUCAAUUUCUAGCAUCCAACCCCCCACCCCCCAUGCAAAGGGCAGAGACCCAGGGACAUUCAGCUGGUCCUGGGUGGGAGGUCACUCCAGCUCUGACAUGGGAGACUCCCUUUACCCCCAAGGUUCGGAUGUGUGUGUCGAGCACUUCUAUACGCAUGUGCCUGGGAAUUUGUGAGUGGAAAAGAGGUGAUAAUAUUUUCUCAAUGCCUUCCCAUCCUCUGCCUUCUUCUAAUCUCACAUUUAUUUAGUGUGACACUGGCCUAGGCACCGUCCACGGAAAAGCACAGGGACCACUUUUCUUUCAGAAAAACUGUAUUUUCCCAGGUGUAGAUGAGAUGCUUGGAGCAGCCUCCUUAGCGUAGCACUUCUUACUCCGGGCUGUGGGUCCAGAUGUGGACCCCCUGUGAUCCAAUAACCCCUAACGUUGGAUCAAACUUUUGGAUGUGUUUAGAUGUGAAUGUUUUCCUGGGGACAGAUUCACAGCUUUCAUGAGCUAUCAUGAAGGUCUGUAACGUAAAACUCUUAAAAAUCACUAACUUGGGAAGAUCCAAAAAUUCUUUGUUUGUAGACAGAGGAGAAGAUAACCAGUUUGGAACGUCGUCGUCAUUGAGGAUCCUCCUGGUGGGCAAAACAGGCAGCGGGAAGAGCGCCACAGGGAACAGCAUCCUCUGCCAGCCAGCGUUUGAGUCCAGGCUGGCGGCCCAGUCCGUGACCAGGACGUGCCAGAAGGCGACAGGCACCUGGAAUGGGAGGAACAUUCUGGUGGUUGACACGCCCUCCAUCUUUGAGGCCAAGGCCCAGACCCAAGAGACCUACAAGGACAUUGGGGACUGCUACCUGCUCUCGGCCCCAGGGCCCCACGUGCUGCUGCUGGUGACCCAGCUGGGGCGCUUCACUGCCCAGGACACGCUGGCAGUGAGGAGAGUGAAGGAGAUCUUUGGGGCAGGAGCCGUGAGACACAUGGUCGUCCUCUUCACCCACAAGGAGGACUUAGGGGGCGACUCCCUGGACGAGUAUGUAGCGAACACGGACAACCACAGCCUGAGGAGCCUGGUCCAGGAGUGCGGGAGGAGGUACUGCGCCUUCAACAACCGGGCCACCGGGGAGGAGCAGAGGGAGCAGCUGGCCCAGCUGAUGGCCGUGGUCGAGAGGCUGGAGAAGGAGCGCGAGGGCGCCUUCCACAGCAACGACCUCUUCUUUGACGCACAGAUGCUCCAGCGAGAGGGGGCCGGGGUGGGUGGAGGAGACCACAGGCGCUACCUGGCCAGGGUGCAGUUGCAGGUGGAGAAGCAGAGGCGAGACCUGACAGAGAGCGAGAGUAACUGGGUGCUCAAGGCGCUCCUCAGAGCCAAGAACUGGAUGCUUGCUCACCGUGGAAUAUCUGCUGUUAUUGUCAUAUGCACUUUGAUUUUUCUUGCUGUUUUAAUUUACUUGUGUAUUUCUCGUGGACACUGAGCAUUUUCAGAUGAGUUCUAAAUCAGUUUUUUUUUUAGUCACCAUCUCUGUCUGUUUGUAGGGUACUUUAUUUGCUUUUUACAUAAUUUCACUUUCAAUUUCUCCUCCUUGCAUCAAACAUGUCAUCUAUUUUCUUCAAGUGCUUUUAGGUAAAUAAAAUCCAAAGGAAAAAAGUA